AUGCAGCCCACCAACACCCAACACACCCACAUCAUGAAUCCCCAACUCCGCAUCACCACCACCCUCCCCGCCCCCACCACCGCACCUCCCCGCCCCACCCCGCUCGCCACCGCCCGCCUCGCCGUCUUGCACUUCUGCCAAUCCUUCCACGACCUCAAGACCCGUCAUUUCGCUUUCCGAGCCCAUCUCCAAGAGCGUCUCAACUACAAUAUCUCCUUCCACCACUACUGCGUCGUUGAGCAGCUGUACAGCGAGGACGUGCUCGGCCAGAUGCACGCCAACAACGUGACGCUGUUUCGGAACUUUGCGGAGAUGCGGCGCAUGUGGGAGGUGAGGGAGAGGAACCUCUUGGAGAGGUUGGCGGUACUUGAGAGGGCGGUGUGGAGGUUGGAGAUUGAGGGUUUGCAGAUGAGGGACUAG